CAUGUCUGUUUCCGCAAUCCCCACGGAUCUCACCGACGGCUCGCAAAGUUCGCUGCGCGCUGGCACGAAUUGUGACGCGUCUGUUUUGCGUCACUUCCGCCGUGGAAGGUCAUUGAGCGGUAAGAUGGCGGCGGCCGGGAGCCGAGGCCACCAGAUGUGUCUUGCAAGAAGUAUUUAUCUUUUGUCUACAAAGUCACAAGUUCCAGUGCACAACAGAACUUACAUGUACAGAAUAUGCAACCGUUCCCCUCUAGACCAAAAUCAGGUUCGAUUUUAUACAUCAGAAGGGAGGAAAGGUUUUCUUACUGGCUUAUUAGACAAUAUCAAACAGGAAUUGGCCAAAAAUAAAGAAAUGAAGGACAGUAUUAAGAAAUUUCGUGAUGAAGCUAAAAGGUUAGAAGAAUCAGAGGCUCUGCAGAGAGCAAGGAAAAAAUAUAAAACAAUUGAAUCUGAGACAGUCAAAACCUCUGAAGUUCUUAAGAAAAAGUUGGAGGAGUUUUCAGAAACCGUUAAAGAGAGCCUAGAUGAAGUUGGUAAAUCUGAUAUUGGUAAGAAAAUUAGGGAAGGAGUAGAAGAAGCAACAAGAUCAGCAAAGCAAUCUGCAGAAUCAGUCAGCAAAAGUGGAGAAAGGAUUGGCAAAACCACUGCAUUCAAAGCAAUAUCUCAGAGUGUUGAAUCCGUAAAGAAGGAGCUAGAUGAGAGUGCUCUCGGCCGGAGUGGGACCUACCGGUCACCAUCAUUGCUGAGGAAACGAACUGACUUUUCACAUGAUAAAACACAAGAAAAAAUAUUUGAACCAAAUGAAGAAGCUAUGGGGAUGGUGCUGCAUAAGGAUUCAAAAUGGUACCAGCAGUGGAAGGAAUUCAAGGACAAUAACGUUGUCUUUAACAGGUUCUUUGAAAUGAAGAUGAAAUAUGAUGAAAGUGACAACGCAUUGAUUAGAGCAUCGAGAGCCAUAACAGACAAAGUCACUGAUUUGAUAGGGGGGCUGUUUUCUAAGACUGAAAUGUCAGAGGUGCUGACAGAAAUUCUGAAGGUUGACCCAAGCUUUGAUAAAGACACAUUUUUAAAGCAAUGCGAGAGGGACAUCAUUCCAAAUGUUCUGGAGAAAGACUUAGCACUUAAAGAACAAUAUCACUGGGGAGAAUUAUGCGAGGACAACUGUUAG